AUGAAGAAGGAGGUGUGCUCCGUCGCCUUCCUCAAGGCUGUGUUCGCCGAGUUCCUGGCCACCCUCAUCUUCGUCUUCUUUGGCCUGGGCUCGGCCCUCAAGUGGCCUUCGGCGCUGCCCUCCAUCCUGCAGAUUUCCAUUGCCUUCGGCCUGGCCAUAGGCACCCUGGCCCAGGCCCUGGGACCCGUGAGCGGCGGGCACAUCAACCCGGCCAUCACUCUGGCCCUCUUAGUGGGCAACCAGAUCUCGCUGCUGCGAGCGCUCUUCUACGUGGCGGCGCAGCUGGUGGGUGCCAUAGCCGGGGCGGGCAUCCUGUACUGGCUGGCACCGACCAAUGCCCGGGGCAACCUGGCCGUCAACGCGCUCAGUAACAGCACGACGCCGGGCAAGGCCGUGGUGGUGGAGCUCAUUCUGACCUUCCAGCUGGCGCUCUGCAUCUUCUCCUCCACCGACUCGCGGCGCACCAGCCCGGUGGGCUCCCCAGCCUUGUCCAUUGGCCUGUCCGUCACCCUGGGCCACCUUGUGGGGAUCUACUUCACCGGCUGCUCCAUGAACCCAGCCCGCUCUUUCGGCCCCGCGGUGGUCAUGGACCGGUUCAGCCCCUCCCACUGGGUCUUCUGGGUAGGGCCCAUCGUUGGGGCCAUCCUGGCUGCCAUCCUCUAUUUCUACUUGCUCUUCCCCUCCUCCCUGAGCCUCAGUGACCGAGUGGCUGUCGUCAAAGGCACGUACGAGCCGGAGGAGGACUGGGAAGAGCAUCAUCAUGAGGAGCGGAAAAAGACCAUAGAGCUGACAGCGCACUGACCGGCUCCGGCAGGGGCCGGGCCCUCAGCGCCUCAACCACUGCAGCCGGCGAAGAGAGACAGACCUCCACAAAAACGGUCCUCUCGCCUGCGGAAGAGGCGCCGGACCCCCGUGCUGCAGUAGGAAUGGGAACAGAAGCCUGUGAGAGGACACUCGGGGGUAGGCCGGAGCCUCUUUGGGAUUAGGCGGAAUGUCUGCCGCAGGCCAGACUUCAGAGACUGUGGACGCCGGCUCAGGCUGCCCGGGGCCACGUCAGAGGGAGGCGGCCUAUCUCACCCAGCUAACCUCUCAAGUGCCAAAGCCAGCCCCCAGGUGGGCAGGGGACAUUCCCCAGAGCUCCUCAGCAGAGAGAUGGUUCAGUGGAUGCCAUCUUAGCUAUUUCUGGCGAAGGGUGGGGGUGGGGGCGCUGCUGGUAUUUGCACUGGGUGUUUCCCA